AUGGCCAUGUCCACAAUGCUGGCAGCCACUGGUAACGAGAUCCACUGCGAUGCCGAGCAUAAUAUUGCCACAGCUAGCAAUCAGCUCAACCCCUCGAGCAGUGUGCCGGGUGCCAAAGUCAUUUGCUACACCGAUUUGGCUGGCAUGUUCGAGGUGACGGUCUCGUCGCGUCCCGCCAUGGCUGAGUCCCUUACGGACAAUUCGACAGAGACGUUCUGGGAGAGCGACGAGGAGGAUCGCAACAAAUGCAAGAUCAUUGAGCUCUCAAUGAGCAAGCUUAGCUAUGCCUGCAAAUUUGUGCUCGUGCACAUCGACAACAGCCGCGACAUUCAGAACAAGGUGCUGAAUGUGGUGUUUUAUGCCGGCCAAUCGCUCGGCGAUACCAAUCUGAUCAAAUCAGUGGAUGUGGAUCAAAAGGCAUGCGUUUGGAUUGCGGCCAAAAUCAGCGACGAGAGCUCCACACAUUUUCGCCUCGAGCUCCACGGACCGGAGAACACACUGCGGGUGCGUCAAAUCAAGCUGCUGGGACUGCCAAGUGGACAACAACAACAACAAGGAGCAGCUGGUGCUGCUGUUGCUGGCGAAGAGUUGCUGGCGGAGCAUCGCUCCAAUCUGCGCAUGUCACACGCAGCACACAUUCAACAGCAAAUCUGCGAGGCGGAAACACUGCGGGUCUUCCGUCUCAUCACCGGCCAGGUCUUUGGCAAGCUGAUCAGCAAUGUGAACGAUGCGGUCACAGCCACUGGCGGGGGAGCGGGCGGAGCUGCUGGCUCCUCUUCGGUUCUGGACGGUGGUGGCAACAUGCUGGCGGACUCACUUGAUCUCCGGGAACACAUGGUCGGCAUACUGUUCUCGCGCAGCAAACUGUCGCAUCUGCAGAAGCAGGUGAUUGUGCACAUUGUGCACGCCAUCAAGAAGGAGGCGCAACGGGCCAAGGAGGACUGGGAGCUGGCCAAUUUGGCACAUGUGCUCAAGCAUCAGCCGGCACAACAAACAGCCGCAGCACCUCAGUCAGCGACCACUGGCGUUUCAGCGCUCAUCUCCAGCGACAGCAGCUCGGAACGCAGUCGCGCCCCGGACACCUAUUGCUUUGAGAUGCUCAGCAUGGUGCUGGCGCUCUCCGGCAGCGUGGUUGGUCGCUCCUAUCUGUCGCAACAGUACGGUCUGCUGCGGGAUCUGCUCGGUUUGCUGCACACGGGCAGCGAUCGAGUGCAGCGUCAGGUGACGGCGCUGUUGCGUCGCAUACUUCCCGAAAUAACCCCGGAGAGUUUCGCCGAGCUGCUCGGCGUGCAGCGGCUGCCACCGGCGGACUACAGCAUCGCGCAUCAGAGUGCCAGCGACUUUGACAUGAGUCGCUUGGGGCUGCUCGACAUUUUCCUGGCCGUUAUUGUCAAGUCACCGCAGUUGCAGGUCAAGGUAAAGACAACGUCGGCCAAUGCAGCUGGCGGCGUGACGGUGCCAAGUGGCGGCAACACAACGGCUGGCGGAAACAUCGGAACGGCAACAGCGAAGUCGGGACAGCUGGAGAAGACGCCGGCAUUUGUGCGUCUCUGCAGUUCGUUGGAUCUGUCCGUGCAACUGUUGCGUGCACGUCCCACAACAGCGGAGCAGUUGGCGACCGCCUCAUCGACUGCCUCAUCAACGGCGCCCGGUGGCAGCGAUCCCUUUCGCUUUGAUGCGGCGCCCGUGAAGAAGGAGUCCAAACGGAAUCUGAAUCAACGCUGGUUCCUCAACGGUAUCAUCUCCACCAAACAGGCGGAGAGCAUCAUUGGCCUCAUACGGGAUUUGGCAAGCGGCAAGCUGAGCGAGAAGUGGUCACAGAUCACCAAGGCGGCCAUUGCCGAGUCAGUGUUGAAUUUAACACGCCUCGAGGAGAUCUAUCGCACGCCGGAGCAUUGCACAAAGACGGCAACAUUGUGGCUGGCGUUGGCCAGUCUCUGUGUGCUGGAGCGUGAUCACGUCGAGAAACUCUCCUCGGGCCAAUGGUCAAAGCUCUGCGACACGCGUCCCAUGUGCAGCAAUCACGACGAUGGCGAAACAGCGGCGAUCAUACAAUGCGAGACCUGCGGUUCGCUUUGCGGCGACUGCGAUCGCUUUUUGCACUUGAAUCGCAAGACGCGUUCACAUAAGCGCACGGUGUGCAAGGAGGAGGAGGAGGCGAUACGCGUGGAGCUGCAUGAAUCGUGCGGUCGCACCAAACUCUUUUGGCUCUGCCUGGCCGACUCAAAGACCCUG